UCCCUAUCUGUUUGUAAGAAAGUAUCGCUCCGCCAAUUAGUGAUUUCCGUUUCGAUAUUCUCAGGGUUCGUUUUCUCUUCGUGUUUGGCAGGCGCCGCUAUACACACGUGCGUUCUGGUGUGUUUUCGCAUCCUCAAGAAACAGGUACUUGCCGUCUUAGAGUGUGUAUCCGUGCCUGUGGCAACCUUCCAGGAUACUCUCGGCAUGACAAGACUACACAGUAUCAUCCUAAUUGAUGAAAUUCAUUGCGCUAUAUGCCGAUCAGAUACGAACAGGUUACCGCAUUUCGCACUGCCGGCUGGUACCAUUCGUCGUUCCAUAUUGUGUGAACUGCCGCUAUUACCGCGACGGCUGUUAGAGCUAUUCGGACGUUCCAUAACACACAAUUAGAAAGAAGCUGUCAAACUUUUUACAGAAAGUCGACUCGCAACGCUUUUGAAACAACUCGUUCUGUGUUGAAUCUUGAUAAUCGCCUUACGUAUACAGUGUGCCGGAAGAUUGUUGCCGGAGUUUGACUUGUUGGUCAGACUUUUCAUCCUGAACUAUUACGUCAAUCGCAUUGCUUCCUGAGGUGGUAACAUGGCCAAACAGCUCAAGAAGGAGGAAGUGCAAGAUAAACUAACUAGAAUCGCUAUUGUUUCUAUUGACAAAUGUAAACCUAAGCGAUGUCGACAGGAGUGUAAAAAAUCGUGCCCUGUAGUUCGCAUGGGCAAACUCUGUAUCGAAGUGACGCCUAAUGACAGAAUCGCCACCAUCUCGGAGAACCUGUGCAUUGGCUGUGGUAUAUGCACUAAAAAAUGUCCAUUCGAGGCCAUUCAGAUCAUUAAUUUGCCGUCAAACCUCGAACGUGAUACGACACAUCGAUAUAGCGCAAACUCUUUCAAAUUGCACCGGCUUCCAACUCCACGUCCAGGCGAGGUUUUAGGUCUAGUCGGUACGAACGGUAUUGGUAAAUCGACAGCGCUAAAGAUUCUGGCUGGCAAACUGAAGCCAAAUCUUGGCCGGUACAAUGAUCCACCCGAUUGGACAGAGAUUCUUGGCUACUUCCGAGGAUCCGAACUGCAGAAUUAUUUCACACGUAUUCUCGAGGACCAUCUUAAAGCAGUCAUCAAGCCACAGUACGUCGAUCAGAUCCCGAAAGCUGUUAAGGGAACAGUGAGGGAGCUUCUGGACCGAAGGAACGAUCUCGGCAAAGAGGAUUACCUGUGCGAAUUGCUUGAGCUCGUUAACGUUAUGGACCGUCAAAUCGCCGAUCUGUCCGGAGGAGAACUGCAACGAUUCGCCACAGCAAUGGUGUGUAUUCAAAAAGGAGACAUAUUCAUGUUUGAUGAACCUUCGUCGUAUCUAGAUGUCAAACAACGCCUCAAAUCUGCCCAGGCAAUUCGUGGACAAAUUGAAGCGACGAAAUAUGUGAUUGUUGUGGAACACGAUCUAUCCGUUCUUGAUUAUCUUUCGGAUUUCAUCUGUUGUCUCUAUGGUACGCCAGGAUGUUACGGCGUCGUAACUAUGCCUUUUUCAGUUAGAGAAGGUAUCAAUAUUUUUUUGGACGGUUUCGUGCCGACGGAAAACCUGAGAUUUCGUGAGUCAUCGCUUGUAUUCAAGGUGUCUGAUAAUACAGGCGACGAAGACGUCAAACGACUUGCCCGCUAUGAAUACCCGAGCAUGGUUAAGAAGAUGGGCGACUUUGAGCUCAAAGUCCAAGGAGGAUCGUUUACCGAUUCGGAGAUCAUUGUCAUGCUCGGCGAAAACGGAACCGGUAAAACCACCCUAAUUCGAAUGCUCGCCGGAAGGUUGAAGCCCGAUGGCGACGAAGAUGUGCCAACGUUAAACAUAUCGUAUAAACCCCAGAAGAUUUCUCCGAAAAGCACUGGAACAGUGCGUUUCUUACUCCAUGAGAAGAUUCGAGAUGCGUACCAGCAUCCUCAGUUCGUUGCUGACGUUAUGAAACCACUGUUGAUAGACAAUAUCAUCGACCAGGAGGUUCAGAACCUAUCCGGAGGAGAGCUGCAACGUGUCGCGUUGGCGCUCUGUCUCGGCAAACCUGCCGAUGUAUACCUCAUUGACGAACCGUCAGCUUACCUCGAUUCAGAACAGCGUCUUGCUGCCGCGAAGGUGAUCAAGAGGUUUAUCCUUCACGCAAAAAAGACAGGCUUCGUUGUCGAACACGAUUUUAUCAUGGCCACGUAUCUGUCAGAUCGUGUGAUUGUCUUCGAUGGUAAACCGUCGGUAUCGACAACUGCCAAUAUGCCACAAUCGCUGCUAGUUGGCAUGAAUCGCUUUCUCGAGCUGCUGAACAUUACUUUUCGCCGGGACCCGAACAACUUCCGACCUCGAAUCAACAAACUCAACUCGGUUAAGGAUUCCGAACAGAAAAAGAACGGAACAUUUUUCUUCCUCGAGGAUUAACAACGGUAAUCGUAUACGAACGUGUAUGGUUCAUUAAAUUAAUGAGACGAUGAAAUUCGUGGCGGCGCCGUUCGUUAUGAAUGCAUUAGGAUUUGAGAAUCCAAUUCAGGGAACAACAAGCCAGGAACUAAUAGGAAACGAAAUAAUUAUCUCAGUGGAACAUACAAAGCUAUGUCCUGUCUGUGGUCAUACCGAUAUUGAUACUGUAAUAAUUGUUACGCAUUAUUCCAUUGAAUACGUUUAAGCUAUUAUCGAGUGUUAGAUCUAGACCACUGGAAACUGCGCCUGAAAAUGGUAAAUAAUAGUCCUCACCUAUUGGCAGCAGCUUCUGGUUGAAACACACUAUUAACUUUGGUUGAUAUCGUUGUUUUUUGCUAUCGUUCCUCCUUGCUUGUCAUAGGAAAAACUUCAGCAAAAUAAACAAUCAACAGCCUUCAAAAACGAAGAAGCAAAUGACAAAUAUCAAUCGGUUGUUACUUUAUUAGUAUUUGAAAUGAAAAAAACGUUCGUUCGUUGUCGUACGAUCAGUACGAACGACAGGUACCAAUAGCUGGUCGAUUUAGACGAGCGAAAAGCAAAACGAAAAGAAGUGCAACAGUGAAGUCUUGACGAAAAUAAGAACGAAUGCAUGCAUGUAAUAAAUGGAAUCUGUUAUGAAUUAAAACUUUGUGUUUUUAUCAUGUGAAAAUUUAUCGCACUAUAAAUACUAUCAAUUUUUCAUGAAGGGGAGAGAGUCUUACGAAGAUUUUUUUAAUAAGAGACUGCACUCAAGAAUUUAUUAUUUCAUUGCGGCGCUUCUGCAAGAGCACACCAAGCGUGCUAGAGGCCACAUCUAG